GGAGCACAGAGAGACUACUGAAAUGGAGAGACUCAAGAGUGAUAUGGACAUGCCCUAUCCUGAAAGAGUUGUAGACGUGGGCAGAGUGACUUUUGGAGAAGAGAACAGGAAGAAGAUGACUAACACCUAUUUGAAAAGAACAGAGAAUUCUAAAAUCAUACAAGCUAUCUGUGCACUGUUAAAUUCUGGAGGGGGUGUGAUCAAAGCAGAAAGUGAUGAUAAAACAUACAGUUUCCGAUGCCAUGGGCUGGGACAGGAUCUGGAAACUUCUUUUCAAAAGCUUCUUCCUUCAGGUUCACAAAAAUAUCUUGACUACAUGCAGCAGCAACACAAUCUCCUGAUUUUCGUUAAGUCAUGGAGCCCAGAUGCUUUCAGCCUACCCCUAAGGAUUUGCAGCCUGAAGUCCAAUUUGUAUCAGAGAGAUGUGACUUCCACUAUCAACUUGAGUGCUAGCAGUGCCCUGGGGCUUCUCAGAGAAAAGCAGUCCAGAGCCCAAAGAGGAAGACGGAUGGUGAAGGAACUGCAUUCUCAGAAAGCUCUUGACAGAUCCAUUCAGGAAGAAGAAGAUAUGAAGGCAUCCGCCUCAGAAUUCUUCAAAAAGGACAAACUCAUGUAUAAGGAGAAAGUCAACUUUACUGAGUCAACCCAUGUAGAGUUAAAAAGGUUCACCACUAAAAAGGUUGUGCCUCGGGUGAAAGAAAUGCUGCCUCGUUAUGUUUCUGCAUUUGCCAACACUCAAGGGGGAUACCUAAUUAUUGGGGUGGAUGAUAAGAGCAAAGAAAUAUUUGGCUGUAAGAAGGAGAAAAUAAACCCUGACUUAUUAAAAAAAGAAAUCGAAAACUGCAUAGAAAAACUGCCUACAUUCCACUUCUGCCGUGAGAAGCCAAAGGUGAAUUUCACUACCAAAAUCUUGAAUGUGUACCAAAAAGAUGUUGUGUAUGGUUAUGUCUGUGUGGUUCUGGUUGAGCCCUUCUGCUGUGUGGUGUUCGCAGAAGCCCCAGAUUCCUGGAUCAUGAGGAGCAAUUCUGUCACAAGGCUGAUGGCUGAGGACUGGGUGGCCCUAAUGCUGGACAUUCAGUUAGCUUCUUCCAGUUUGGCAGUUGACUACAGCUCUCACCUGAUUUCACCAGAUUCAUCUGUUCUAAGAACUCCAAUACAUCCCAUAAAAGUCCUGGAAUUUAAGGGGACUCUGCAACGUCAUUUGUUUCCAGUGACACAGGAGGAAAUACAAUUUAAACCAGAAUCCCUCUGUAAGAAGUUAUUCUCAGAUCAUGGAGGACUGGAAGAAUUAAUGAAGACAAAGACAUAUCCUUAUUCUCAGGGAGUUAUGAUAUUUUCUAGAAGCUGGGCGGGUGAUGUUGGCUUAAGGGAAGGGGAGAAUGUCCUGUGUGACGCUCUCCUAAUAGCAGUUAACAGCCCCCUGGUACUCUAUACAAUCUUAAUAGACACCAGGUGGAUUGGUGGACUUGAAUAUGCCCGAAACACUGCUCAUCAGUUAAAGCAGAAACUGGAGACUGUUGGUGGUUACAUGGGGAAAGUGUGUGUCAUUCCAAGGCUGAUGCACCUGCCUAGCACACAGUACACACCUGAUGAAACCCCGGUGCACUACCCCCAAUCCUACAGGCUGGCAAAUAAGGAUGAAGUGGAAGACUUGUUGCAGGCCCUGGUGGUAGUCUCGUUGUGCUCACGGUCUCUCCUGAGUGACCAGUUGAGCUGCCAGUUCUUCAACUUGCUCAUCGAAGAGCAAUGCGAGCUGCUUUCCGAGAGCCUUCAGGAGACCCGGGAACUGUUCGUCCACUGCUUUCCAGGAACCAGGAAGACAGCCCUGGCCAUAAAGAUAAUGGAGAAAAUUAAGAACUUGUUCCACUGCAAACCAAAAGAGAUCCUCUAUGUUUGUGAAAGUGACUCCUUAAAGGAUUUUGUGACACAACAAACCACCUGCAAGGUGGUGACACGGAAAACCUUCAUGCAAGCAGAGUUCCUAGAGGUUAAACACAUAGUGAUGGAUGAAACUGAGAAUUUCUGCAGUAAAUAUGGUGAUUGGUACAUGAAAGCUAAGAACAUCACCCAUCCAAAGGUGAGGGGGGCUGGAAGCGAAAACCUUCACCGUGGGAUUCUCUGGCUUUUUCUGGACCCUUUCCAAGUCUAUAAUGCAGAUGUCAAUGGCCUUCCCCCUCCAUCAGCUCAGUUUCCUCGAAAAACAAUCACCAAGGGGAUCCACUGUGCCCUGGAAAUAGCAAAGGUCAUGAAAGAGGAAAUGAAGAGGAUCAAAGAAAAUACUCCUUUCAACAUGUCUACGGAUGCACUGGCAUUGUUCAGGGAGGCUGACUAUGAGGAAGCAAUGUGUGCUCAGGCCCUGCUGGGGGUGUGUGAGACAGAGACUAACAUGACAGAAGAACAAAUAGCAAACCACGUGGCAGCAAGAUGUCAUAGCCUAUUCCACCAUGGCUAUCUGUCCAAAGAUAUAGCAAUUCUGUGCAAGAAAGGGGAAGAUAGGCAACGCUAUAAACUUGCACUACUAAAAGCAAUGGAAUUAAUUGAGACACGUGGAGCAACAGACGUUGUGUUUGGCCGGGCUGCAAAUAUCAGGGGAAGUCACAUUGUUCUAGACAGUGUUCAGCAAUUUUCAGGCCUGGAGAGGAAUAUUGUGUUUGGGAUUAGUCCAGAAUGUGCCCUGUCAGAGAAAUUUCACAAGCUCUGCUUUGCCUCCAGAGCCAUUAAACAUCUCUAUCUGUUUUAUGAAAAGAGAGCAGCCUUCUGAAAUUACAAAUGAUACAGGAAGCCAGAAAGAGCUGAGACCCUUCUCCAAGGCAACUGGCAGCUACUUCUUUUCAUAUAUUACAAGUGAGGGAAU